UCUGCAGCUGCAGAUUCAAAAGCUCUCUUCAAGGUCAUGGAGUAGAUGUCUCAGGUGGAGAAACUGGGCUAAGGUAUUUUCUGUAAAGGAAAUCACAGCCACAAUGACUCUGCAGUGGACGGCUGUGGCUUUCUUCCUCUAUGCUGAGAUAGCAGUCAACCUCAUCUUGUGUAUACCCUUUAUAUCAGCACGGAGGUGGCGUUCGGUGUUCGGCUGGAGAUUAUGGAACUGGUUAUCUCCAUACUGGAACAAAUGCUUCUUUACUAUGAUCAUGGUUCUUGUUGUUCUUUUCCUUGAUGCUUCCCGUGAGGUGCAAAAGUACUCAGGUCCUGAGCCCAUGCACGAUGCCAAGAUUAACCCAAAUCUGUACGACAACGUCCACAUGAAGCUGUUCAGAGCCCAGAGGAACCUCUACAUAUCUGGCUUCUCUCUCUUCCUCUGGCUUAUCAUGCGUCGAAUUGUUACCUUGCUAAACCAGGUUGCUGUCACCAUGGAGGACAGUGCAGGUCUUCAGACACAGAUGGACAAUGCUGUCAAAGCAGCCAAGCAGCAUCAGGAAGACAACUUGAUGCUGAAACGAGCUCUCCUGGAUGAAGAAAAAGCCAUGUCAGCAAAAAACCAGCAACUGAAGCUAGAGGCUGAGAAGCUGACAAAUCAAGUGAAGGCUGCUGAGGAGGCUGUGCGCAAGUCUAGUGCUGAAGUGGAGGCCAUGAGGAGGCAGGCAAAAGGUCUGGCACAAGAGUAUGACAGGUUAUUGAGGGAACACCAUCAACUCCAGAAUCUCCAGAGUCCUGCAGACAAAAAGGAUCAGUAACCACAGGAAUACAGUAACAAUUCAGUUAUUCUCUGUACAUGGAUACCAUUUCUUCUCAUAACUCUAAAACUGUGUGCUAUAUAAUGUAUGCCAGCUUUUGCCAAAUUUUCCCUUGAAGUUUAACUGAGGCACGUUUUUUAAUUUAUAUGAUAAAAAACAAACAGCGGGCUACUACAGAUAAACAGGAGCAUGUCAAGUUCUCAGAUGCUGAAAACAGCUUCUUACUAAAG